AUGUACGUGAGUUACCUGCAGCUGGACAAAGACCCGGCCAUGUACCCGGGUUCCGGGCACCAGAGCCCGGCUGUGACCCGCCACCCGGGCCUGAGCCUCAGCCCGCAGAGCUUCCCGACGCCGCCGCAGUACUCGGACUUCACCGGCUACCACCACGCACACCACGCGCACCACGCGCACCACCACGGCGGCAUCAACCCGGAGCCGCAGCAGAGCACCGGGGGUCCUGUUCCCGGAGGCGGCGGGUGGAGCUCAUACCCGCCUCCGCCCCGGGAUGACUGGGCGUCACAUCAUCACUACGCCGCCGUGGCCGCUGCUGCCGGAGUAGGGGCUCCCCCUGGGGCUUCUUCCUCCGGCGUGGUGGGUCCCACGCUCGGGUUCAGCCCGCCGGACUUCACCGGGCAACCGGGCGCGCUGCUGCAGACGUCCCUGAACGCGUCUGCCGGGGCCGGCGUCGGGCCGCUGUCCCCCGGAUCCCCGCAGAGGAGGAACCCGUACGACUGGAUCCGCCGGAGCUCCGCAUCGUCCCUCAACCCCAACGGAAAGACGCGGACCAAAGACAAGUACCGGGUGGUCUACACGGACCACCAGCGCCUGGAGCUGGAGAAAGAGUUCCACUACAGCAAAUACAUCACCAUCCGGAGGAAGGCGGAGCUCGCCACCACGCUCGGCCUAUCAGAGAGACAGGUGAAGAUCUGGUUCCAGAACCGGCGAGCCAAAGAGCGAAAGAUCAACAAGAAGAAGCUCCAGCAGCCGGCGUCCUCCACGACCACGCCGCCCAUCAGCAGCGGUGGCGGAGGAGGUGGUGGCGGAGGAGGCGGUGGUGUCCACGGAAACGGCGGGAACAGCAUCGCCAUGGUGACGAGCAGCAGCGGCAGCAACAACAGUGGGCUGGUGUCCCCGUCCUCCCUGCCUCUGAACAUCAAAGAGGAAUACUGA